GGGCUAAAGAGAGGAGGGCGCUGACGGUUUCUGAGAGUCAUGGUGGAGGAGGGUUGGAUUCAUCCCCGGAAAAGCACACCGGUUGGCCAUCCAUGUCAAGCGAGAAAUUGGUUCGAUGUCCUCUUCCUGCUUCGGUAUCGAACGCGAACGUAGGACCCGCCAGAAUUUUGCGGAAUGUGUGCAAGAGGCUAGCGAAGGGUGGAUAGCAACUGCGAGGGGAGAGAGAUGGACCGAGCUUCCCAGGAGCAAUUCCACCCACUGUCUAUGGAUCCAGUGUGGACGACAAGGUUCUGUACAGUACAGCAUUCAGUCAGAACGAUGGCCGAGAGAGGGAGAUCCAGGACGAGAUCCGGUGCCCACGAUCGAGUGCUUUGUCCACCGACGAUGGCUGCCUGCCUGCCUGCCUCGGAAGAAUGGACGGUGCAGGUGGCCGUCACGAAGGGAAAAUACUUCCGUAUGUGUCUUCCUGGAGAGGUAGCUGGGAAUGGAUGGCAGAAUUGCAACAAAAGUAUCUGCUCGGAGGCUGUCUUCCAUGGGGGACAGUGAGCCCUGUCACAAUCAUAACCGUAAACGACAGCCAACUCAAGGAGGGAACUGGCGGCCGAAACUUGCGUUAGCUGGGGAGCUCAGUGCAGGCGCAGUUCAGUGCGGCAGUCAUCGACUGUGAGCUGAAGGUUAGCUGAAAGUUCGACCAGGGAUUGUCGGGUGCAUACAGCUUGUGCGAGCGCGGCUUCGUGAUGGAAGCGGUGGGGCAGAGGUGUCGAUUUCCGCGGGAAGUUCUAGAGCUGUAAUUACGAAUGUGGAGUUAGAGUUCCGGGACCUUCGAUUUUCGAUGACAUUUUCGAAAUGUUUUUGAAGUUUCUGAAGAAAGCACCGGACUGCUCGAUCGUUCAGAAGGUCUGCGCGGUGGUGUGAGGCUUUGAGCUCUCGUCCUCUCAUGCACUUAUGAUCAGCAGUCAGCAAAGGACUGUGACUUGGCUUGACCAUCGGAAUUCGGCCGACGAGCUGUGAUUGACUAAGGGCCUCGGUCUCUGGUUGUGGAUGAAGGGAAGGGCCACAUGGAGGAUGGUCGUUCUGUGAAACAAGUAUCGUGACCGUCAGAGUUUUCUGACUCGGACGAGACUUGUAUCAGUGAUCAUUGGAAGCCUGUGAUAGCAGCAGCGGGGACCCGUGGCUGGCAGCUGCUCGCUCGGAAUUUGACUCCCAGUGUACCUUUUUCGCAUGGAAAGGUCGAGCAGCACGAUGGACGAGGAGGAGUGUUUCAAGGUGGCAGUGGUUGGAGGUGGACUGGCCGGCCUCUCAGCUGCGGAGGUUCUUUCAUCCUCGACGAUUUUCCGGAAGGAAGAUGUUGUGGUUCUGGAGGCAUCAUCCAGCUUAGGAGGACGAAUUCUAAGCGUGUCCGGCCUCGCUCCCUGGCCUGUGGAGAUUGGACCAGAAUUUUUACACGGAACUCAAAAUUCUUCGAUUAAGAAGCUAGUCGACGAAAUGGGUUGCGUGCAGAGAGAACUGAAUUUUCCGGAUUACUAUUAUAUCGGUCAUGAAGGGCGUUUGCUGACAAGUGAGCAAGCUUCGGAGCACGCAGACAUUGAAAUGGUGCACGACUUAUUCAAGGCUCUGAUCGAUGAAGACUCGACUCCAGAGGAUAUGAGCAUGGCAGAAUAUUUACGAAAGAAAGGCGUAAGCUCGACGGUGAUGAGCUUUGCAGAAGCGAUUUAUGGAAACGAUUUCGGUUGCUCGCUUGAUAAGCUCGGUGUGCACGAGUGCAUUCAGGAAGCUCAUCAGUGGAUCUACGGGGACACGUAUAUAAUUCUGGAUAGGCCUCUUUCAUCCGUUGUCAACCACGUCGCUCGAAACCUUAAUAUACGACUAGAUUGGGCUGUGAAACAAGUUGAGCACCUGGAGGGUGGGAAUUUUCGAUUGCGCAGCCAGGAUGGCCGAACCCUGAGAGCAGACUUCGUGAUCCUUGCUGUUCCUGUGACUACGCUGCAACAAAGCUUGAUUACCUUCCACCCUCCUCUGCCCGAAGGCAAACUUCGAGCAGCUAAAGCAAUUGGCAUGUCCAAUGUCAUGAAGGUUGUAAUGGCGUUCACUCAUCAAUUUUGGCCCAAGGGCCUGUUCGAUGUGGUCUGUUCAGACUGUUUUCUCCCGGAGGUGUGGAUGACAGAGUAUCCUGAAGCACCAUCCGCUGCUGACAGCAACGGGGACGAGGGCUGUAAAAAUCCUGGUCCUUUGGGCCAAUACAUUGUGGUAGGUUUCAUUGCAGGAGAUGGAGCAAGCAGGGCGGCCCAGCUGUCCGAAGAGGAGAUUUUCCUACAAUCCUUGACACAGCUUGAUAGAAUGUUCGGAAAAUCUGAUCAUAGCUUUGCACUGGGCUCAUCAGUUUGGCGGCAGCCGGCCAAGGCCGAAGCUUUCAAUGCAACAUCAACUGUGUCUGGGAGGGUUUUUCUCAAAGACGACGUUCUUGAUCCCUCUGCCCUGACUUACCUCGCUGAGAGCCCUGAAACUCGUCCAGCAUCCCAUUGUUUCAGAGGUGGCAUGAUAGUGAACUGGGCAGAUCGUCAUUUCAUUCGAGGGGGCUACUCUCACCCCUCUGUUAAUGCCCGAGGUGCUAGAUUAGAACUCGCCAAACCCGUAGGAAAUAUCUUCUUUGCAGGAGAAGCCACACACCCCGGUGUGAAUCCAUGUCUACAAGCUGCCAUCGAUACAGGAAGACGAGCUGCUCAUGAGGUGUGGGGAACCUGCAGAAGGAGUUCAUUGUGAAGUAUUGCAAUAAACACAAUGUUCAUCUCUUGUCUUCCAUCUCUACUUUCUUCAGGCGUUUAGUGCGUCUAAGAUGCCUGUUCAACCAGACCAUUUCUCUUUGCUCCAUAUGUCUACUGACUUCACCUUCCUCUAGAACACUGCGUUGCCGAAUACAUCUCAUCUGUACAUGGAAGCUUUCACUCAAGGCAGGACCGAACUCAGUCGCCAGUUGAGAAUUGUUAGAAUCUUCAGCAUAUGGUUUGAAGCGCAUGAAAGAAGAGCCAAUUCUGUCUGGUUGCUCGCCUUGCCCAGCAAGAUUCUCACAAUGGCAUGUACGUAAUCAGCGCAUCGCUCACGGAAAGUUUAUCAAUU